AUGCGACAAAAAUGUUUGGUAUUGCUGGUCCUCGUCAAUUUUGCAGAAAGCCAGCUGGUUCCAGAACCAACAAGACCCAUCAAUUUAUGGGAUCCAUUUGGCGAAUCGACUACAGUUCCUCCCAGAGGUCAGGUGUGUUGUUUGGAAUAACCUUUUUGUUUCUAACAGUCUUAAGUUUGCAUUUUCUUUUUAUGGAUUGUUGUUAUUUUUUCAAUUUUGUUAUUUUUUAGGGUUUUGCAAAAGAUGAAGUGUUGGUUCGCUUGCCGCUGGGCGAUUUGAUUGGAAAAGAAAUAAAGCUGUACAACCUACCAUGGACCCCAACACAAGAUCCGACGGAGCAGCUCCCAAGAGACGGAACGCAUUUUGAUCCGAAUCCGCUCCAUCGACACAACAACUUCUCCGUCUACACAUUUCUAGGAGUCCCAUAUGCUGAGCCUCCUGUUUCACAAAGAAGAUUCAAGGUUUUGCGGAAAUUUUUUUUAUUUUUGUGAUUGAAAAAAUUACAGCCACCACAGCAAUUGCGCGUCUUUCCUGGGAAAGGUCCAUAUUUGGCAUUACAAUACGGUGCAGCUUGUGCGCAAGAUGUGGAAAGUCGUCCUCAACCGAUUGUAAAUGAGCCUUAUCCGUUCAUCGUUGAUGAAGACUGCCUCUAUUUAAACAUCUUCUCGCCAGAUGUGAGUUGAAUAAUUUUUUCGGGCAUUGUUGUUCAAAUUUCUAGUUAUAGUUAUUUUGACAUUAACGUUUCAAAAAUUGCUUAACCCUCCGUAACUCCACAAAUCCAAUUUUUUUGUAAAAUGAAAGAUUAUGUUUUCAGGUCUCCCGAACAGCUCCGACAUCCUACCCUGUAGUGGUAUUCUUUCACGGAGGCAACUUCCAAUCUGGAUCUGCAAAUGAAUGGCCUGGUCAUGGUUUGGCUUCGCGUGGAAUGGUUGUCGUUACUGUAAAUUACCGACUUGGAGCUUUUGGUUAGAUAUAGUUCCAAUUCUCACUUUAAACCACAUUUUUCAGGCUUUAUGAGCCUCGGAGACUCUGAAACAGGAAACUAUGGUCUACAAGAUCAACGAGUUGCCUUAGAGUUUGUGAGAGAUCACAUCGCUUCGUUUGGAGGAGAUCCUCAGGCCGUAACUGUGAUAGGUCAUGACGCUGGAGCUGCUUCUAUCGGGUUCCACAUGCAGUCUCCCUAUUCUAGAAGUGAGUUCAUUGUUUUUUUCUUAAUCUGAAAACAUGUUUUAUUAAAGAUCUGUUCCGAUCGGCGGCAGCAAUGUCUGGAGCAGAAGUUUCAUACCAUUCCUAUAUUGGAAAACCAGCUCUUGCUUUCAACAACACUAUCAAGCUAGGAAGAUACCUCGGAUGCUCUCAAUCGGUACCGACACACGUCUGGGACUGCAUUUUGACUCGUUCGACUAAUGAUAUUGUGAGGGCGACUACAACGAUACCUAUCGAGUAAGUUUUGGAAUUUCGGAAUGUAGUCCGUUAACUUUUCACAAUGGACAAUGAAAUCUUGAAAAGAUGAAAAAACGCUCUUCAGCAAAUUCGAUUCAAAAAAUUGAUUUUGAUCAAAUUUGUGAAGCUUUCAUAUUAAAAUUCAAUCAAGCUUUAUGUGGUCUUUUUUUAACCAUUAAUUAGGAGAUUAACUCAAGAACUUCAGAGUGGUUCCUAUAGUGGCCUUUAGAGGGUCCCCUUUAAUGGCCAACUUCUAUGAGGGCUGCUUUUUCCUCUAACCUCUAUAGGGACCAUUCAAGCUUUAGGGGCUAACCGUCAGACGCUAAAACCCUAUAGGGACCACCUAAAUUUUACUAUUAUCAGACCACUUUUUUGUCACCAUCUAUGGGCUGUUUUUCCUCUAACCCCUAUAGGGACCACCAUGUAAUUUCUAAGAAUGCGAUUUACAAAAAAAAUUUGAAAAUGAAAAAUGAAACCUUUAUGAAAUUCUUAUUUCAUCUCCAUAAGCAUCUCAAUGAUUACAGAUACAACCGCUACCUUUUCAUGCCGACUGUGGAUGGAAAGUACGUACCUGGAAACCCCUUCUGGACGCUUCUAAACGCUCCCAGUGGAUCGACACAAAUCAUGAGCCCAGUACCACUUCUGCUCGGAAUGAACGCUCAGGACGGCAGCGAAGUUGUUCUGGAAGACCGCUACCUCGGAGAGUUCAACGACUUCAACAACGUCGACAACGAGUACAUGAAGAGCUACACCUUGGAGUACUGCUUCCGACACAACUACUCGAUGAACCGAGAAGCCUUGGCAGAAGCGAUCAUUGAUCGCUACACUUUCUGGCCAGAUCGUGCAGACGUCUGGGCAAUUCGCGCUGGUUUCAUUCAACUUGUGACCGACGCCUACUACACAGCUCCGAUUUCUCUAUCCGCCCAUCUUCAUUCUUCUUCUGGCUCUAGGGUCUUCAUGUACGUCAACAACUACAACUUCAGCAAGGGCAGCGAGCAGUUCCGAUUCAUUCCUGAUUGGAUGGGUAAUAUUGACACAGUCUCUUCCCAAUAACUUUCUGUUUUCAGGAGUUUGUCGAGAGUGCGAUCUUUUCUUGCUCUUUGGUUAUCCAUGGAUGCCGCCAGAACUACGUUAUAAAGAUUUGGCUGGGGUCACUUUCACAGAACUUGAUCAAAACGCCAGCCAGACCUUUUCCAACAUUUUCAGGCGCUUCACGUACUAUCAGUAAGUUCUCACCAACUUCUUUUUCAACUUUUAAUAUUUCUUACUCACUAGUGAAAAUGAUUCCUUUGAUUUCAGAAACCCCAACUUCCUCUACGACGGGAGCUGGGCUGCGUACGAGCCUCGACGCCACUGGUACAUGAACUUCAACUACACUUGGUCAGAAGAUUGGAAAAUUCCUGGAAGAAUCGACCGCGACUAUCGAUUCCAAGACGUCGCUUUUUGGAAUGAGUACAUCCCAUCUUUGGUCAACUACAUGACGACUACUUUUCCACCUUCUGAGGUGUCGGUUCGACGUCAACUAGUUGUGUUCCAAUGGCUGGCUGGAGUUUUUAUCAUAGUUAUUGCGCUUCUCAUUGUUCUUGCCGGAGCCUUCGGCUAUCAAGUUUUCGAGAAAAGCGCUGAAAAAGAUCGGAACAAGCGCGAAGAACAUCAUUUGGUCGAGUAUCAUGAAAACUUCCAUUCUGACGCUUCUGUUUCAGAACGCGCAAGAUCUCGUCUCACUAAUUUAUAAAUACUGUUUAUACUUUUCUAACUCAUGUAACUUUUUUUGUAUAUUUAUUUUUUUGUGCCUUCAAAGUUCUUCCUCAUCUCCUAGAUGCUACGAGUCUUUGUUUUUGAUCUCAAAUGCCUUUCUAUUGCUUUACUUCACUUAAUUCUAUGUCAUAAUAAAUCUUUCUCUUUUUUUUCUGAUUCGCAAUAUUCCUCGCGGUUUUCUUGCCGUUUUUUAUAUCGAAUUUCGCGACUGGUCUCACGGCUAGAAUGUUAAUGACGAAUGUUUAAGGGUACUAAUGGCACCAACACAGAAGAAGGCAGUUGCCCCCGCCAAGGCUAAGGUCGCUAAGGCCGUCGACGCCAAGAAGAAGGUCGUCAAGGGCGCCAAGACGACGCGCACCAAGAAGGUCCGCACGUCGGUGCACUUCCGUCGUCCGAAGACCCUCAAGACUGCCCGCGCUCCACGGUAAAUCUAUCAAAAAAUUAUAAAUGAUUCCGAAAAUAUCUCUGCUUUCCUAUGAAUUAUUCCGAAACUUCAGAUUCCCUCGCAAGUCGGUGCCAGACCGUUGCAAGCUCGACGCUUUCUCGAUCGUCAAGCACCCGCUGACCACUGAAUCGGCCAUGAAGAAGAUCGAAGACAACAACACCCUCGUCUUCAUCGUCGACGUCAGAGCCAACAAGCACCAGAUCAAGCAGGCCGUCAAGAAGCUUUACAACGUCACCGUCCAGAAGGUUCGCUCUCCUUUUUUUGAACUGAGUUCAUUCUUCUAUUUUGCAGGUGAACACCCUCAUCACUCCCCUCCAGGAAAAGAAGGCGUACGUCCGAUUGACCGCCGACUACGACGCGUUGGACGUUGCUAACAAGAUUGGCGUCAUCUAA